AUGACAAGAUGUAGUGCUCACAGUACGAACAGGAAAUUCUGGCGCAAUAUGCUACCCCGGAUGAAAUACCGUAACCCGUCCAUCCCUAUGGAAGUCGCGCGACACAACGACCCCGACGGUCCCUCACUCCUACACAUCUUCACAGCAACCAAAACACAGCCAUCGACUGGCUCCACAAACUCUCCCACAACGCAACAAUCAGACACUUCACCACCGUCCGCAACGCCAAACCCGCGCAAUACGCUCGUACCCGAUACCUCGAAACCCACGUUUUCGAUUGACAUGAGAGACCAGUCGGAGAGCGAGAUCCUGGAGGCACUGGUGGAGAAGAUAGGCGCUGUGGAGAUCAAGCCGACGGAGGAGGAGUUGGCCGAGAUGAAGGAGAUUGAGGAGUUCAAGGAGAGGUCGGAGGCGGAUAGAGUGCUGGUCAGGGAGAAGUUGAUCAAGGAGCGGAGAGAGGCUGAGCUGCUUAAACUGGCGAGGGGUGAGGCACCGGCUGCGAACUAA